AUGACUUAUGAUUUAGGAUUUGUUGUGAUAAUAGUAAGAUCUGACAUAGCUACUGGUGUACGUGGAAGAAAAACGUUCGUCAUACUUGGAUGUGAAAGAGGGGAAAAAUAUCGGAAAUACAAAGCCGAUGCGGUGGCUAGUGUAUACAACACUCGUAAAUGUGAGUGUCCGUUUAGAUUAAAGGGUAAACCAUGUUCAGAUGGGGUCGGAUGGGUGUUGAAGGUGAUGUGUGGACAUCACAACCAUGAGUUGGCUGAAACUUUAGUUGGUCACCCUUAUGCUGGCAGGUGUGCUGAUGAUUCAGAGGUUGUUACUGACAUGUUUAGGACACAUCCUGAUGCGAUGUUAUGUCGAUUCCACAUCCUUAAAAAUGUUAAAGUUAAAUGCAAAAUGUUAGUUCAUUCUACUGAGGUUUGGGGUGUGUUGAUGGAUGCAUGGGAAAAUGUGAUGGAUUGUGCUGAAGAAAGGUUGUUUGUUGAGUAUGUGAAUGGUCUUCAAUACGGAAGCAGUUCAUGGCCUUUGUUCUUUGAAUAUGUUAAUCAGACUUGGAUUAUUCCUUACAGUACAUACUUUGUAAAGUUCUGGACGAACAGAGUAAUGCAUUUAGGGAACACAACCACAAUAGUGCAACAGAUAGGAUUGGACUCCUCAAAGUGUGGAUGCGUAUUGAGACGUACAUUUGGUGUCCCCUGUGCAUGUGAAUUAGCACGGUAUGAUCAUAGGAUGAUCCCUGUGGGUGAAUUUCAUAUCAUGUGGCGAAGAUUGCAUCUCUCAAAUGUUGAAUUAAAUGAAACUGAGUCUCAAUUAUCCAUUAAAGAUGAGUUGAAACAAGUAGAAGAACGAUUCAAUGAGGUUGACAUUGGCAGUAAAGUCACCAUUAAGCAGAAGUUACUUGAGAUUGUUUGUCCUACAUUGACAUCAAUGGUCCCUCCAUUACAUAAAGUCAAGAAAAAGGGUGCACAAAAAAGUAAAGUUCAACGAAGAGAAAGGUCUACUACGCAGGAUCCAUCAUAUUUUGAGUAUGUGGACGCCUUUCAUUCAACCAUAGAAUAUUCAUCUGUGAGAAGUAAAUUACAAUCAAAGCCAAAAGCAGUGAAGAAAAGGAGAGUUCCAAUGAUAGACCAGUUUCAUUCUACUACUCACCCCUUCAUUGUGGACGUUGUUGAUGUUGUGGCUGAUGGUCACUGUGGGUAUAGAUGCAUUGAUGCGUUGUUGGGACUCGGAGAAGAUUCAUGGCCCGUUAUUAGGAAUGAGUUGUACAAAGAACUCGGUGAAUGA